GUAUCACUGGCUGCUGAGAUGUACGAACUUCCGGUUCUCCUGGCAGCUGCCGCUGCUACUGCUGCUGCCCUUACCACCUGCCACGGCUGGGCCUCAGUUCAGGAUUUAGUCACUUCUUCGUUCUCCACUGCGCCCAUGGUUCCUCCUGGAGCCAGGGCGGCGGGCCCGGAGGCUCCCGCGUGGUGAGAGGCCAGUCCGGGGACGAUGAAGGCCCCGCACUGCAGGUGCUGCCUCAGUCACCUCCUGGCCUCUGCCUUCCUGCUGCUACUACUGCUGCCAGGUUUGGGAGGGCCUUUGGGUGUGCUGCUGCAGGCAGCCAAGGUCGCGCCGGACCCUGGGCCUCCGGGCCGCGGGCCGCGGACCCAGUCGCCCCUGCCUCCGGGCCCCACCGCCGCCCAGCCCCCGGGCCGCGCUCCUGCAGAAGCUGCAGGGCCGAGGGGCUCUGAGGGCGGCAAUGGCAGCAGCCCCCGAACGGGACUUGAGGCAGAAGACUCGGGAGGGAAGGCCGGGGAAGAAGACUCAUUGGGUGGCAGCCUUGCUGUGAGCCCCAACCCCGGCGACAAGCCUAUGACCCAGAGGGCCCUGACCGUGUUGAUGGUGGUGAGCGGCGCGGUGCUGGUGUACUUCGUCGUCAGGACCGUCAGGAUGAGAAGAAGAAACCGAAAGACUAGAAGAUACGGAGUUUUGGAUACUAACAUAGAAAACAUGGAGUUGACACCUUUAGAACAAGAUGAUGAGGAUGAUGAUAACACAUUGUUUGAUGCCAAUCAUCCUCGAAGAUAAGAAUGUGCCUUUUGAUGAAAGGACUUCAUCUUUCUACAAUGAAGAGCAGAAUUUCUAUGUUUAAGGAAUAAGAAGCCACUUUAUCACUAGGGGCGGGGUAUUUAAGUUAUAUAUAUUAUGAGAACCUAUAAUUUGUUGUUGCAAUAAAUACUGUAUCAUUUUGUUAUGUC